AGGCUCGCUCAGCUUUUCCUGUGGAGAGUGAGGUUUGGCUGCCACCAAAGUUACUUCCAGUCCUUGCUGUCCCUCCUGCCCUUCAUCUGGCCCUGCCCAGGGACCCCUGCAUUCAGCCUCCCCACACAGAGGCCCCAGGGAGUUCAGCCAAUUGCUCUCCACUUCUCAACUAGCUGCCUACCUCCAGUGGCUUAUGGGGCACUGUCCUACCCAACUCUGCUAAGAUGCUCCAGGCCUCUCCCUCCACCCCGUCCAGGGGACGGACCCCCAGCGCAGUGGAGAGGCUGGAGGCUGACAAAGCCAAGUAUGUCAAGACGCACCAGGUGAUAGCGCGGCGCCAGGAGCCAGCUCUGCGCGGCGGUCCCGGGCCGCUUACGCCGCACCCCUGCAAUGAGCUGGGGCCCUCUGCAUCGCCCAGGACGCCCAGACCGGCCCGACGGGGCAGUGGCAGGCGACUGCCAAGGCCUGACUCGCUCAUCUUCUAUCGCCAGAAGCGGGACUGCAAGGCUUCUGUGAACAAAGAGAACGCCAAGGGCCAGGGGCUGGUGCGGCGCCUCUUCCUGGGAGCCCCCCGAGACGCCGCCUCGAGCAGCCCGGCCCCAAUAGAACGACCUGCGGCUCCCGGGGCUUGGGCCGCCCCCCAAGAUGCCCCGGAAGCGGCGGGAAAGCGAGCGCUGUGCCCCACGUGCUCGCUGCCCCUAUCGGAGAAGGAGCGCUUCUUCAACUACUGCGGCCUGGAGCGCGCGCUGGUGGAGGUGCUGGGAGCCGAGCGCUUCUCUCCGCAGAGCUGGGGCGCCGAGGCCAGCCCCCAACCUGGGUCGUCGCUGCUGCCCGGCUCCGGGGACACCAGCGACUGGACGUCCAGCGACGGCGGCACGGAUCGCCCGAACGGUGCGGGCGGCGGCGGGGGCUCGGAAGCGGCGGGCUCGGCGCGGGACGGGCGCCCGCCGGUGUCGGUGGUGGAGCGCAACGCGCGCGUCAUCCAGUGGUUGUAUGGCUGCCAGCGCGCCCGCUGCCCACCCCGCGAGUCCGAGGUGUGACAUCGGCCGCUCGGGAGCCGGCUCCCGGGGAGUCCGGGGUCCAGGGAGGGGCAAGGGGUGACCGCGGGCAUGGACCUGGGCACAGGCAGGGACACCCUGCCUCUGACGCGCAGGGUGCCUUUAGGCGAGCCCUUCACUCUGGAUCGCGGCUUCCCGAUGUGAACCAUGGGGGGAUGGGACAAAAUCUCGAAGGCCCUUCCCAGCAUAGGCAUCGGAAGGGGAGGUGGCGGCCUCGUGGCCCCUGUGGAGGCCGGGUCUGGGGAUCCAAGACUGGGGUGGGAGAUCAAAGAACCUGCUGAAUAAAGUCAAAACGUUAUUUAAA